UGCUCUCAAUUUUGCAGCCAGCCAAAAUAAACCGAUCAUUUAAAGCGUCUCCUGGCUCUCCACCGAAUUGGCGUUUUCCUCCUCUGGGUUCCCUCCUUCCUUCUUCCUACUAGUUUCGUUAUCUUGUUCCUUCCGUCUGCUUCUCCUUCUCCUUUACCUCGGAGAAGGAGAUGCGGGAGGAAUAAUACAUUAUUUGCAUUCGAAUAAUCUGUCCUACACAACGUCUCACAUAAUUUGUUUCCCGCAUUAAUCGAUGGAUCGCCGGUGGCCUCCUCGCUGGCCCCCGCAUAUCCUUAUUCUCCUUCUUAGUUUCAUUUCUUUCUUCGAUUUGGGAAGCGGCACGGGUGUGUUUAGGGUUCAGCGAAAGUACACCGACCGCACUCAUAUCGCCGACCUCCGCGCCCAUGAUGUUCGCCGCCAUGGCAGGUUCCUUUCAAGCGGCGCAGCUGGCGCCAUCGAUAUUCCACUUGGCGGCAUUGGUGUUCCCACCGAGACCGGGCUGUACUAUGCUGAAAUUGAGAUUGGGACGCCUUCAAAGUCCUACUACGUGCAGGUGGACACUGGGAGCGACAUCCUUUGGCUGAAUUGUAUCACCUGUAAGCAUUGCCCAAAGAAAAGUGAUCUUGGGAUAAAGCUUACGCUCUAUGAUCUCAACAGUUCUUCGAGUGGAAACAUAGUGUCUUGUGAUGAAAGCUUUUGUUCAUCCACAUAUGGUGCUGAUAUCCCUGGUUGUAUUCAUGAUGCACCAUGCCAAUAUACUGUGUUGUAUGGUGAUGGAAGCUCAACUACUGGGUAUUUUGUGACAGAUAAUGUGCAAUAUAAUCAUGUUUCCGGUAAUCAUCAAACAAAAAUAGCAACUGCAAGUGUUACCUUUGGAUGUGGUGACCAGCAGUCUGGCGAUCUGGGAUCAUCAGCGGAAGCAGUUGAUGGAAUCCUGGGUUUUGGACAGUCAAACUCAUCCAUGCUAUCACAACUUGCUUCUGCUGGAAAAGUAAGAAAGAUGUUUUCCCAUUGUUUAGACACUAAAAACGGAGGUGGUAUAUUUGCUAUAGGACAUGUGGUACAACCUAAAGUCAAGACAACACCAUUGGUACCUGACAUGCCACAUUACAACAUCAUUCUUAAAUCAAUUCAAGUUGGCGGGGCAUUCCUGAAUCUUCCAACUGAUAUUUUUGAAACUGGGGACAAUAAAGGUACAAUACUUGACAGUGGAACAACAUUGGCUUACCUACCAGAGAUAGCUUUUAAGUCAUUAAUGAAUGCGAUCUUUUCUUACCAGCCUGGUUUAAGCUUCCAUACCACCCAGGGUUUUCUAUGCUUUGAAUUUUCAGGAAGGAUUGAUGAUGGUUUCCCGAAGAUUAUUUUUCAUUUUGAGGAUUCAGUGGAAUUACCAAUAUAUCCACAUGAUUAUUUAUUCACAACUGGGGAUAAAUAUUGGUGCACUGGCUUCCAGAAUAGUGCGCUGCAGUCGAAAGAUGGGAAAGAUAUGAUUCUUUUAGGAGAUAUGGUCUUGUCAAACAAAUUAUUUGUUUAUGAUCUUGAGAAUCAAGUUGUUGGCUGGACUGAAUAUAACUGCUCAUCAAGCAUCAAGAUUCAAGAUGACAUCUCGACAGCCUUUUACGCAGUCGAUGCUCACAAUUUAUCCUUCGCUGGUAGAUUGGAGAUCGAAGGAUUCAUCACUUUCCUAAUGGCAGCUUACUUGUUAUUUAAUUUCUUCCUUUGAACCAUCAGAGAGAGAAAAGAUCAAUAACACCAUUUCUCUCUCAAGCUUGUUUAUUAUUUUCUAAAAGCAAUUUGUUUGAGGCCUUGCUCAGAAGAAAUUGGGUGUUCAGAUGGCAAAGCUUUGCUGCAGCAGGCCUUACUAAUUUGUGAAGAGACGCAAAUUAUACCAAUUAUACUUUUGACGAUGGAUUUUUAAAGAAGAGAUGCUGUUUUAAUUCUUCCUUGCCUGAGCAGAAGAAGCUUUGAAGGUACAUCUACUAAGAUUAUUUCUAUUCCUAAUAGUAUGUACUCAGUUAUGAGGUUUCAAUUGUAUUAUUUCUAUUGGCAAA